ACAUCUGCCAAAUUCGGAAAACAUCAUUUCAAAUGUAAAAUAAUGAGGAAAUUCAAAAAUUUCUCGUUGCUCAGAAAAACAUCCAAAUUAUACAGUGAAAACGAUAAUUUAAAGAUAAUUCCAAAACUACAGAAGAACACCAAGGGGACAUUCAAGUUUCUGUCUGGUGAUCUCGGUCAUUUCGAAAUCGUCCAUACCAAAGACAUCAAUACAGAAAGCCAGAUAAUGAGGAAUGAAUCAGAUUAUGGAAAUCAGAAAAUCAUGGCACGCAGAAAAGAAUUACAGGAGAAUCCAAUGAAAAAAUUGAUCAUUUUGUACAGACCGUUGGUUGAUUUGGAUAUUUUUAAUUUUCAGAAAAAUUUUAACUUCAAUUAUAAUAGUUUGUGUACGGAGUGGAACAGAUUUGUGAUGAAAAACGGGGAAAAUAAUAAUUGUACUGCAGUAGUCCCUUGGUUGUACAAUUCUAGAGCUCUAAUUCCAUAUAACAUUCAGCCAUCCAACCUCAUUUUCAAGCAGACUUCUCUGAACAACACAGCUCCUGAGCUUCCAAAUACCUUCAAAAUAGAAACAUCGGAAUAUCAUAUGCAAGAUCCAACACAAGAUUCGAAUGAAAAUUAUGACUAUUGGAAUUCAUCGAAAUUUGCCAUGAGCUUGAUCGAAAUUCUCGAGGAAACGAAAGAUGCCAAGGGAGUUCGAUCGAAGAACGAUAUAUUCUUUGACAUAUCAAGAAACUGUAAGAGUUGUCCAGCUGUUAUGGAAGUGAAAAAGUUCUCGUCAAAAUUCAUCCCAAAAAGGAAAGAAUCGAAGGUUUUGCUGUUGAGCUGUCACAAUUUCGAAAAAUUCGAAAGGACUUUCACGAGGCUCUUGGCAAAGGACAAGAUACGUUCUCUCAAGCCUCUAUUUAAAAAUUUCGAAAAUCAAGAUCAAGUGAUGACGAAACUAGAGAGAGCUUUCGUCAAUCACAAAAUGCGAAAGAAAAACAAGGAUGUGAUUAAAAGGAACGUCAUAAUGUUGCAGUCCAACCUAAUAGAAAAUAUGAAAGAACAAUUAGAUUUUAACGAGGAUUCCAGAAAGAAUGAUGACACUCAAAACCAAGCAAUUGAAAUGAUUAAUUUGAAUAUUUCGAAGGAAAACGUGAAAAAAGAAGAAAAACCCAGCAACAUAAUGAUAGUCAACGAUGAAAUCUUCAAGGGACUAGCAGAAGAAAGAAUGAACUGUGACAACUGCAAUAUUUCCGAAAUUAGAAAACAAAACAUAAUAUAUCUAAAUAACUCAAUCUUCAAGGAACUGAACAAGGAUGAGGUGAACAAAAUCUUGAGUAGGCCAUACACAAGUUACAAGAACGAAGAUCCAGAAAUUUUUGUAAGAAUACCUACGAGGCAUGUCCCGAAAAAGUUGAAAUCCUUACGACCGAAUAAAGAAUGCGAUGAAUAUGACGAAAUACCAUUGGAGAACUUGAUAGCAGUUGUUGCUGAAAAGAAGGGAUCGGAAUAUGUUCAAAGGUCCAAAAUGUGUUGGCAGGUAUUCAAAGAAUUCGAGGAAACCAUGCAAAAAGCAAAAAUUCUUAAUUUUCCAUCUCAAGAUUCACCAAGACAUGAUAACAAACAGAAAAAAACCAGAAAAUUUGAAAAACAUGAAUGUAAUAAUUCUGCACCCCCUCUGAAACCUCGCACUCAAAAAAGAUCAACGCGAGGAAAAGAAGAAAAUGAAGAAGGCGGAUCUAAACCAAAAUAUACAGAAAAAGAUUCUCACAUAAAGGCCACUCCAAAUAAGAGCAGAGCAAGAUCUGAUAAUAUUUUGAAACCUAAAAUAAACGAUAAGCCUACACCUGCAAAAUUCAUUGAGAUCACGAGAGAACCUACACUUUCAAAAGUAAAAACGAAAAAAACCAAAUCGAAUAACAAAAGUAAGACUGAUAUAAGAUCAUCAACAUUUGAAAAAGUGGGAAUCCGAAAUGUCAAUAUGAACAUAUCGACAAUGGACAGAUCAAUUGAAAGAGUCGGUAGUGGAGCACCCUCCACUAAUAAUAAGAAAUCCAGAAGCUUAGAAAAGAACAAAAUGAAAGAUGAUUUAAUAAAACCUCAAACAACUGCAACAACGAAGCCCAAAAUGGAAAAAUUAACGAAUUUAUCUGUGAAAAAAGCGAAACCGGAACCGAAACACUUGAUGAAAAAGAAGAGUGGAAGGUUGAAGAGCAUUUGGAAGAAAAAUUGUACGCCCAAAAAAGAAAUGGAAGAAUUUAUAAAUCUCAAGAAGAAUCGCAAUUUAUCUCUCAAACAACAACAUUUGUUGCUCAAGGAAGAUGAGAGUCCAGUGAUAGAAGUUUUACAUAAGAACACAAUGAAAUCUCCGUUAUCUAGUUCACAGUCCGAAUUUAUCGGAGAUCUUAUCGAAACCCCUAAAAAGAAAAAAGUGAGAAGAGCUUCAAAUUCACUGGAUAAGUUCUCGAGAAAAAUAAUGGGGUCCAAGGAUCUUGCAGAUGAAACUGAAACCCAACUGAUAAUUGAAGAACUUUUAGCAUCUUCUUUUCCCCCCGGACAACAAAAAACUCAUCAACAUACAGCCGAAAAGCCAAAGUCGAAAAUACCUAUACUUGGUACUCCAACAACCAUAAAGAAGCAAAUCGAAAAAGUUGUUGCUACGGCUUUAGCAACGAGGAAAAUCAGAGAAAAAUUCGACGAAAAUGAAUCCUUAGGUAAGAUGACUCACAAGAAAGAAAAGUUCAAAAAUAAAAACAGACCAGAAGAAGACAAAAUCAAAUCAGGCGAAUCAGAGGAAGAUGUCAACCUCGGAAGAAUUGAAAAAAAAUUUAAUUCCGAGCAGUCAGAUACCCAUCCUUAUACCGAAUCGAAGAAAGAAAAAUCGAUAUACACAGAUUCGAAAAAAGAAAUGAAGGAGAUAGAAAAAGAUAAUAGACUUCAAAUAGAUGAAAUUUUGGCUAUGACUUCAACUUCAAUACACGAAAAAAUAAACCAACAGUUCAAGCAUAAUCCGGAGAUGAAAAAAGAAAAACAAAGCGAGCAAGUCCAAGAAGAUAUAAGUGAAGAACUAGAGAAAAAAUCAUCUAAAACUGAAAAUCAUACGAAGAACAACGAAACCGAUAGGUUUGAUAAUGGCAAAAGAGAAAACGACAAUCCUGAGUCCCAACCGAAAACGCUUACUAAAUGUGUUGGAAUACAACAAGAAUUUUCAAUUUCCUCCAGUUCGACCACUACAAAAACUAAGGAAAUUGAGGAAAAGGGAAAUCAAACUAUCGGAACAGAAGGUGAAACUGGAAAAAACGAAAAAUCGAAUAGUACAAAUGCCGCACUGGAACUUAGAGAAGCUGGCGUAGAUUCAGUAAAAGGAACAGGAUUGAAUAUAGGGAGUGAACAAAAAUUCGAACUCGGAUUUGAAAAGGAAGGUGCUUCCAAAAAAGAAGUUCCAGAAAUAAAAAAUCAAAGUACGGAAAUCGAAACUUUUACUGAAAAUUUGAGCCUGACACCGGAAACUUGUUCUGGAAAAGAUGAUAAGCAAAGGGGAAAAAAUACUAUAGAUGACAAUUCGCACGGUGCAUUACAUAAAAAGGAUCAAGUGAACCUAGAGGAGGAUUCAAAUUCUAAAAAAGUGAACAUAACUAAAGCAGAGAUCAACGAAUGGCCAGAUGAUAAUUUAGAGAAAAACAGAGAGAGUUUAAGAGCAGACAUGAAGUCUACAGAUGAGGGCUAUUCUAGGGUACCAGACAAUGAGGACAUUAGAAGAAAACGACUCAUCUAUUUCGGGAAAAAAAUGAAGAAAUCUAGCCACGAAAAAGAAAUAUUCCGUUGCGGAAUGAAUAAGUCCCGAAGUGAAGUUGAAAAAACAAACAAAAGAAAUUUAUCAAAGCCUGAAAUAUUUAUAGCGAAUAACUCUUCAAACAUCGAGCAACCAACAGAUGCCGAUAACUUUGUCAAGUUGCCUAUAAAAGAACACAUUGAGGCGAGUAAAACAUCGCUUUCACAAUAUGAAAUUCCAAUGAGAACACAAAUGAGUGAAAAAAGCAUAGAAACAGAAUGUAAUCACAAGAAUUCUUCCUUAGUCACCAAAAACGAGAUCCAGCUCACCGAUAGACAGAAAACAGCAGAUCACAAAAUAAUAUUAAAAGAAUCAGUAAGUGACAAUGUCAUAAUUAUAAAAUCAGCCAGAAGAGAUUCGAAAGAAACCGUGAAAAGCACCCAAAGCGUCACAAAAUCCAUUUUGAAGCAAGUACAAAGGCAGUUGAAUUUUCUCAUGGAAAACUGUAAGCCUAAACUUAAUAACCAGGCCGUGAAGAGAUGUAGAGAAAUUGCAGUAAAGCUAAGAAAAUCCCACGAGAACCUUAUGCGUAACGUACCUGCAAAUGUAUUCAAGAUUUACCAAGAAGCCAAAAGAAUCAGCGACAAACUAUCAAACACCAACAUCAUUGCGAAAACAUCUCAGGAAAUUAUCAGCAAGUUUACGAACACUUACGUCAAAAGAACCACAGACAGUGGAAGUCAAAUAAAGCUCAAAGAAACCAGAAAACUGUCUUAUAAACCAGAGAAUAAGAUUAAGUCGGUUAUAGAAAACAAAGUCACCACAAAAAUGAAACUGCUCAGAAAAUCAUCAGUAAACAAGAAUAAAAUCAAAAGGUAUUCGAGAAAGCAAGAUGAAAAAAUUUCAACUGCUUCGAAAGGCAAGUGGAAGGAAGGGAACUUAUCGCCAUCAACAUCGAUUUCAGAUAUGCGAAAUCGAUCUAUCGGUUCUCUAUUCGCCGAUACUGUCGCUUCAGCUUUAGCAAAAUGCGGAGAUAUGGAUAAAAUCAUGAGCAAAUAUUCAGACUCCCAACAUAAACUGACGAGAGAUCGAAAAAUCAACAAAACUAGGACGGCAGAAAAUGUCGAAGAUUUUUCUAAACGAGAUGAAAAUAAAGUGGUUCUUCAGAAGGAGGACGAGUUUCUGAUGAGCGAUGGCGUUAGAAAAUUAGUUUUUCAUGUGACACUGGAGAAAAAUGACCAUAAGACGAACGGCGAAGAGUGGAAAUGUUUUUCGAAAGCUGUUCUGGUUAAGAAAUCUGACGAAGAUCGUGAGAAUCAAUUCAAUAAGGACAAUCAGACUAAGGGCUCUACCGAAAUUGAUGACGGCAUUCGAAAAAAAUCUAAGGUCCAGCAUUCGGUUCCCGACGAAUCUGGUGAAUAUGAUAAAUCAAGAGAGGACAAUGCUGCUAACUUCAGCAGAACAAUUUUCAACACUCAAGAAGAAGCAGAAGCUCUACAAAAAGCAAAAGAAGAUCUGACAACUCUGAAGAUGUUACUCCAAAAAGAAAGAGCGAAAACUGAGGACGAUAACUGCAACUCUGAAGAUAUAACUGAAUGUGCUAAUUUUAAAAUGUACAUCCAAGAUAAAGAUGUGCCCAAAUCGUUGGAAGACCUACAUAGGGACAUAAUUUCCGAUAGAUUAGGAAGAUCUGCAGAAGGUUCCACUCCACCUCCUCCCCCUUCAUUUGAAGACAUCUCCUCUGAUGAAGAAAAACUAUUGAAUAUUGAAUGUUCUAAUCAUGCUUACCCUUCUCGAACUGUUCAUUUGGAGGAAAAAUCUGAAGAUAACGUGAUUGAAAAACUUGGAAAUAUUUUGGAAAACAAAAAUAAUUUUGCCAUAAAUUCAAAACAUCAAAUUCAAAAAUACUUGAAACUCAGCGAUAAUGAAGUAAUUAAAGAAACUAUACCAGAGGUUUUCGUUACCCCACUAAGCUCUAACACGGACUUGACUAAGAACCCCGAUCAACUAGAAGUUAAACCCUUGGAAUCAUUGAAAGUUUCGGAAUUAUUACCACUCUUCGACAAGAAAACGGCUUUAAGUUCAUGCGGAAAAACUGACAUUGAUCAAUCGAUUUCGAUAUCCAACGUAACUUCGGAAAAAUCGACGAGAAUACAUCCAGAAGAGCAGCCAGAAAAAUUAACGAGGAAAGAAGAAAUCGAACGCUCUUGCAAGUUGAGCAACCAUCCGAACUCGCUCGUAUGCAGAGAAAGAAAAAACAUUGUGAAAACCAUUCUCGACAAAUGCGAGACCCUAGAACAGAAAGUCGAGAACGUGCUCAGGAAUGGGAAUAAGGUGGAAAAUUUAAAGGAAAUAUACACGGAUCUUGAGCGCAUGGGAAACUGCAUCUUGAAGACCGUUUCCUCCAAGGAUGAAUUGUCAAAGGAAACAUGCACAGUGCCCAAAGUUAACGCCAACAUGAAUCCCACCAGAACAUUCGCAACAGCUUACUCCAGCAAGAGCUACUCUAGAUUCAGAGAUCGAAAGGCUGAAGGAAAAGAGAAGAAGAAAAAAGAGGAAGAAGACUUCAAAGUAUUGGAAGAGAUUCAUGGCGAAGCCUUAGAGAACGAAAUGUACUUCGGAACUGAAAGUAAAAGGUAUAAAAAAGAUCCACAGAAUAAGGCACAAGCUAUAAAGGCUCCAAAGAAAAAUUCAAUCUACCAUGAAAUAGUGAGAAUGAGCGAACUCAAUGAUUUCGAAAUAAACAAAUCGAAAGAGAUUGGAGAGAUCCAUGAAAAAAGUCACUUUAUUGCAACAGAUAACGAACAGCGAAAGUUACAGGCGGAAAAGACAACCAAACUAGAUGACAUCGAAACUGCAGCGACGGGCCCUUUAAAGCAUAACAAUCUAGACGUUUCGCCGAAUUCAAAAUCAAAAACAGUAGACAAGGAACAAGAGGAAACAUUCCUUUCAGAUGAUACGGUAGAAACAGUCGUUUUCGAAGUGAAAACAACCCAAAUUUCUGAAGAGUCCGCCGAACAAACGAAUGUGAAAGAUAGUGGUGAAAAAAUAAUAAUUUCAGAAACUGCAGAAAUACUUCAAGAGAAACAAAGUGACAAUUUCGAGAAAGGCGACAGUGAAACCUCUGGAAUAAUUCAAGAUGUAGUUCAGAAAGAUGAAGGUCUCGCAGGCGCUGAGAUGACUGAGAACAAUCUACCCAUCCCCAGGAAACACAAAAUCUUGGAAAAAUUCGCUGCAAUCAGUCAAGAGCCAGAUUCCCCCAUAUUCAGGAUAAACGACGAACUUACUUUUGACAGGGCGCAAAAAAGAUUCGAAAAAAUGACUCCAAAGACUAGAAGGAGUAUCCCGAAGACACCCACCUCAAAGAGAGACGGAGAGCCUAGGAUGAUCUUACGUCUUUCCCCUUCCAAGGAACUCUACACACCUCCAAAGUCGAAGAAGAGCGAUAUCGACUUGAAAAAAUUGCUACUUGAAAAUCCGAAGGCCCUGAUGCAGAUAGCGUCGGAGAUUCUGAGCAAAAAUCAGUAUCUGAAAUUCCUUAUGGAACUGCGAUCGACGAAGGAAUUGAAGGAGUAUUGGAUGACUAAAAUUAAGGAAGGAAUUGCCUCAUCCAAAACUCUGAAUGAUCUGAUAAAAGUGAUAAAUUACAUGAAAGUCAAAACGGACCAGAAAGGUGCUAAAAGAGAUUCUGUAGAUUGCGCACAAAAAACGUCAGAAGACAGUACUGAAAAAAUAGAACAUUCGAAAGAAAGUGAGCAAGGAUAUGAAACUGAGAAUCGGCCAGUUACAAGAGGAUCUUCAGGUUCUCUCUCUAAUAAAUCGGACUUAGGGUUGAAAGAGGAUAGAACCAGUCUCGAACUUGAAAUGGAUAACCAAAAACCCAAGACUGGACAAUCCAAUUUGAGGGCGAAACGAAAGAAAAUGCUGAAAAAUGAGAGUAAACAUGACGCAAGUAGUCGAAGAAACAUCAGCUUCCAACAUAAAGAUACCUACGACCAUCCAGAAUUCGGUUCUCUUCCUUACACCCUUGCGAAAUAUUUGGACAGCCCUCUACGAAAAGACGAAAGUAGCGUUGAAAAUUCUUUGGAAGGAACGGAAGUCUCCAAUUGUUUUUUAAUCGAGUCUAUAGAUGAAAAAAGGUUGUCACAUGAAGAGAAGAUGGACGAGGAAGAAAACGAAGAUAAAAUGAGAAUUGAUGUUCUGAAACAAACAAAAUAUGCAAGGGGUCGGCCUGGAAAUAUUCUAUCUGAAUUGAAAAAUGAACAAGUGAAUUAUGUUAAAAAAGAGAACAAGGAAUUAGAAACAAAUAAAAGUUUUCCUACCAAAUACGAAAGAAAUAAUUGUAUGCAUGGUCAUCAACACCAGGGUGUUUGUCACGAGAAAAUUUGUUGUGGAAUGGAAAAAAUAAGUGAGGCCUCAGUCGGCAAUCAGAGGGAUUCAGAUGGUGAUGUAAACGACAAGAAAGAACAGCAAACAGCCAUAGUUUUACCUGGAAGGGAACCCAUAAAGAUAUCGUUGAUCUCCGAACAAAUCUCAGGAUUUCCAGCUAGUUCGAUGAAGGCAAAAUCCGUAAAAAACGCCUUAGACAAUUUGUCGGACGUAUUGUCCAACUGUAGCAGUCCGGUAUCAUCCCUAUGCAGCGACGGCACCCCUUAUGCUUUAAGAAGAAGAACUCCUCAAAAACCUGGAUUCAAGAGGAGCCAUAGAGGCGAAAUACUGCAGCGAAACUCUACUUAUGGCACCAAUUCCGAAAAUAUUCAGAAACCGCCUCAACGACCACCUACAGUUCACGGUCUCAACCUGAAAAAAAUCGAUAAUCCACUGAAAAAGUUCGUGCGGAACCACGACGAAAUACAUAAAGCGAAAAUGACAGAACAAAUGUCGAACAUAGAGGAUUCACCUAAGGAAGACAGAAAGAUUCGAGUUAUCAAAACUAAAUCUUUGUCCGAGGUGUUGAAGGAGGAUCCGAACAUCCUGAAAAAAUUCCGGCAGAGGACGAUGGUAGACGUUAAUGCAGAUCAAACGGAGGAAGCAACUAAAAAAUUCGAGUACAGAUUCCACGAUUUCAGGAGGAAGGAGGAUAAAUGUUUGGAGAUAAAUGCGAAAAGGCAAGAAGAGCAGAAGAAGGACCUCUUGGAAAAGUUCAAGUGUCUCAUACAAGCCAGAAAAGUGGCCACCGAAAGAACCAGGCAAAACAUGAAACCAAACGAGAACCAACCUAUUCAACCCAAAGUUUUCUCGAAGAUCCUGGAGAAAAUAAACUAUUUCAAAGAGUUGGAAGAUCCUCCAGACGAUGAAAAGAGAACCAUAACAUCGGAUAAGAACUCGGUGUCUCCAAAAGAAGGGCUUCAUCCGAAAACCAAAUUUGGCAACCGCAGAUUCUUGCACACGAAAAGGAAACAGGUGAACGAAGAUGAGCUGUUGACGUGGGUGCAGGAGCAUCCAGCUGCUCCUGGGAAGAACAUUGGCACAGGAAAUGAGGAUAGGUGCGAUGCGAAGAAGCAGAAUAUUAUUCAUAUACCCUGGACACCCACUUGUGAAGUUGACGCUAAGAAUUGACUGGAUUCGUUGGCGUAAUGUUGAAAUUUUUGUGAUUGUACAAAGAAUUUCCGAGUUGAAAAUAAAGAUAUUGUCAUAUGC